GGCUCAUUUUGGAUUUAUGUAAAUUAGAUCUGUGGUUUCUACUGUCAUUUAAUGAUGUAAACAUGGUGACAAAAAGUUAGGUUAUGUCGUGUUGUUAAUGCCAGCCUGCGAUUGUCGAAUUCGUGUCUUAAGCGUAAAUAUUUGUUAGUAAGCUUCAUAUUGGUCAGGGUUGAAAUAAUUAUUAAAAAUGACGCAAAAGAAAGUUAUAAAAAUGAAGAAAAUAAAAGCAGACCUAAAUAAAGAGUUUACAUUUUUGAAAAACGUUUUCUCUGUCAUGGCUCUACCACUACAAAUGAAAGGUGAGAAUGAAGAUAACUUGGAUAUAGAAAUAGUCAAUGAGAAUGGACAAACUAAUGAUGACACUGAAAUGCCGAAGCGAGCUCGCACUAUUGCUGAACUUGAAGAAAAGCUCCAGAAAAUCAAAUCACAGAACAACUUCAGUUUUAAAAAUAAGCUACAAAAGAAGAGUUUGAGUAGUAAAUUAAACAAAAAGAUAAAAAAGAAAGAGAGAUUAAAUAAAACAAAGGUGAAACCCGUUGUGGAUGCACCUUUUGCAGACAUGUUGAAAUCUCAAGCAGAAGUAAAACCAAAUGUGAAUAUUGCAAAACCAGUGUUCAACAAUGAAGGGAAACUUGUCUUCUCCAAAUUUGACUUUGCUAAUGUUGGCAAAAAAGAAAGAGUUAGUAAAGCAGAAAAAGAUCCUAAAAAGAUUCUUGAGAAUUUAAAACAACAGGAAGAAAAGUUUAAACAAUUAGAAGAAAGGGAAGAAACUGGAAAAGUUAAGGAAAUAAAAGAAAAGAUUGCAUGGAAGAAUGUGUUACAAAAAGCAGAGGGACAAAAAGUUAAAGAUGACCCUCUAUUACUAAAGAAAUCUAUAAAGAAAAUGGAUCAAAAGAAGAAACAAAGCAAGAAGCAAUGGGAUACCAGAGUAAAGAAUGUAGAACAAAAGAAAGAUGAAAGACAAAAGAAGAGGAAAGAGAAUAUUGCCAAGAAGAAAAAAGAAAAGAAAUCUAAGAUUAUAAAAACAUCAGCAAAGCGUGGUCGUGUUGUUAUAUAAAAUGUUACUGUUCUAAGUAAAAAAAAUAAAAAUAUUUUUGGUCAACUGCA